GCAAAAAGGGAUUAUCCCAUUCUCUUUUCUCAUUUAUUAUGAGCCAUACACCUACCAGUGUGCCCGGAACUCCAAAGCGUCGCUUGUCGAUGCCCAAAUUGACUAGACGUUUAACGAAUAUCGUUAUUCAUGUCGACGAGGACAAUGCCAAGGACGUUGAACCCGUCACAACUACCUCUGUCCCUACCCGUUCUUCUCGUCGUGAACCCUUGAGUGAAGAACAUACCAAACAAUGGAGAAAAUGUAUCCCCAAACCAAAGAACGAUGUCGACUCUAUCCAGGAAGAUAUCGUCCACCAUACGCUUAACACCGUAUGCCGUGGUGUCUACAACCUUGACAAGUUAGCCGUGUAUCAAGCUACGGCUUACUCUGUCCGUGACCGUUUGGUCGAAGAAUGGAAUCUUACCCAGGAAGGCUUGCACAAGAGCAGCCCCAAGCGUUGCUACUACCUUUCCAUGGAAUUCUUGAUUGGUCGUGCCCUUGACAACGCUUUGAACUCCCUUCAUGUUUCCGACAAGUAUAAGGAGAGUGUUCAAGGUCUCGGAUUCCGUCUCGAAGACUUGCUUGAACAGGAAAAUGAUGCUGCCCUUGGUAACGGUGGUCUUGGUCGUCUCGCUGCUUGCUACAUGGAUUCCGCUGCCACCCUUGAGUAUCCUACCUGGGGUUAUGGUUUGCGUUAUCAGUACGGUAUCUUCAAGCAGAUCAUCAAUGACGGUUAUCAGAACGAAAUUCCCGAUUACUGGCUCAAGUUUGAGAACCCUUGGGAGUUCCCUCGUACCGAUAUCUUGUACGAUGUCCAGUUUUAUGGUUAUGUGGCUACCAAGAUGAACGAUAAGGGUGAGUCUCGUCUCUCGUGGGAAGGCGGUGAAAAGGUCCAAGCCAUGGCCUACGAUGUCCCCAUUCCCGGUUUCGCUACCAAGUCCUGUGGUAAUAUCCGUCUGUGGCAGAGUAAGCCCAAGAACUCUUUCGACUUCGCCUCUUUCAACGAAGGUGACUAUGACAAGUCCGUCCGUGAACAGAAGAACGCCGAAAACUUGACUUCCGUGCUUUAUCCCAACGAUAACCAUUUGGUCGGUAAGGAGUUGCGUCUCAAGCAAGAAUACUUCUUUGUCAGCGCCUCGCUUCAAGAUAUCAUCUACCGUUUCAAGCGUUUCAAGUUGCCUUGGUCCGAGUUCCCCAACCAAGUCGCUAUUCAGCUCAACGACACACACCCUACUCUUGGUAUUCCAGAAUUGCAACGUCUGCUUGUUGAUGUGGAAGGUCUUACUUGGGAUGAUGCUUGGGAGAUUGUCCAGAAGACAUUUGCUUUUACCAACCAUACCGUGUUGCCCGAAGCUCUUGAACGUUGGUCGGUGCCCAUGAUGGAGCAUGUUUUGCCUCGUCACAUGCAGAUUAUCUACGAUAUCAAUCUUUUCUUCCUGCAGCGUGUGGAACAAAUGUACUUUGGCGAUCGUGAACUCCUCAAUCGUAUCUCCAUCAUCGAAGAAAGCAAUCCUCAACAUGUUCGUAUGGCUUACUUGGCCGUGGUCGGUUCCCAUACUGUCAAUGGUGUUGCCGCCCUUCACUCCGAUCUUAUCAAGAAGGAACUGUUCUCUGAUUUCAUCAAGUAUUACGGUCCCGAAAAGUUCAUCAACAUUACCAACGGUAUCACCCCCCGUCGCUGGCUGUACCAGGCCAAUCCUUCCUUGCGUAAUUUGAUCACCGAAACCCUGAAGAGCGAAGAAUGGGUGACCAAGCUGGAUCUAUUGCAAGGUUUGAAGAAGUAUGCCGACGAUGCCGAUUUCCAAAAGAGGUGGAUGGAUGUCAAGCACAAGAACAAGGAACGUCUCGCCAAAUGGAUUCAAAAGAACAUGGAUAUCACCGUUUCCCCCGAUGCUCUGUUCGAUAUUCAGGUCAAGCGUAUCCAUGAGUACAAGCGUCAAUAUAUGAACAUUUUGGGUGUUAUCUACCGUUACCUCCAGUUCAGAAGAAUGGAUUCCGAAGAGCUUGACAAGCAAAUCCCCCGUGUGGUCAUCUUUGGUGGCAAGGCAGCUCCCGGUUACUACAUCGCCAAACUCGUCAUCAAGCUUAUCAACAGUGUCGCCGAUGUCGUUAACAACGAUGUUUCUAUCAAGGACAAGCUCAAGGUUGUCUUCAUUCCCGAUUACAACGUGUCUCUGGCCGAAAUUAUCAUCCCCGCAAGCGAUCUGUCUCAACAUAUCUCGACGGCCGGUACCGAAGCUUCUGGUACCUCCAACAUGAAGUUUGUUCUCAACGGUGGUCUGAUCAUCGGUACUGUGGACGGUGCAAACAUUGAAAUUCGCGACGAAAUUGGUGAAGAAAACAUCUUUAUGUUUGGUACCUUGGCCGAUGAAGUGGCUGAUAUUCGACACAACCAAAAGUUCUACGGUGUGCUUGUGGACAGUUAUUUGCAGCAGGUGAUCGACGCUAUGGAGUCUGGCAUGUUUGGUGAUCCAUCCAUCUUCAACCCCCUGAUCAACACUUUGACCUAUGGUGGUGAUUACUAUCUGGUUUCGGCCGAUUUCGAAUCGUAUCUCAAGACACAAGAAAAGGUCGAUGCUUGCUUCGCAGACACUCAAGCUUGGGCUCGCAAAUCUAUUAUGUGUACCGCUGGUAUGGGUUACUUCUCUGCUGAUCGUGCUGUACGGGAGUAUGCCGACAAGAUCUGGAAUAUUAAGCCAUUCCCUGUUGAAAAGUUUGAAAAGAAGGAAGAUUAGAUUCAUUAGACUUGCAUUCUCAUUCUUUUAUUUUUUUAUUGUAAUAAAACAUCGAAUUUUUACCUGCUU